AUGAGUAGGAGGAUUCUCAGGAGUUUUUACAUAUUCAUCCAACUCUGUUGUCUUCUUAUCUGUUCAGGUUCAAAUGCUACACACAACCCCAAGUCCAUUUCCAGUAGCCAAAAGGACAUAACAACUCCAAUAACAACAGUUCCAACUGGAACUCCUCUCACCAUUACUCCCACUACAACUACUCCAGUACUGAAUCCAACAAUCUCGGAUCCCGAUUCGACCUCUAACGGUCCUUCCAAUCCGGUACUGACACCAUCUGUAACCAAUUCCCCAACAUAUUCAUCAGGCUCAAGCAGCUGGUGCGUCGCUAGUCAAGCUGCCUCACUAACAACCCUGCAGGUCGCUCUGGACUAUGCUUGUGGCUACGGUGGUGCUGAUUGCUCUGCCAUUCAGACUGGUGGCACCUGCUACAAUCCCAAUACGCUACGCGCUCACGCGUCCUUUGCAUUCAAUAGUUACUAUCAGAAAAAUCCAAUUCCUAAUAGCUGCAAUUUUGCUGGUGCUGCUGUUACUACAAACACUGAUCCUAGUAGUGGCUCAUGUCAAUAUCCAUCAACAAGCACAAGUGCAUCCAUUUUGAAUACGACGAAUUCAAGUGGUUCAACAGUAUUUGGCGCUGGGCCAAUCACGCCUACUACUUCAGCAGCUGUAUCUCCAACUAUCUUCCUGAAUUAUCACCACCACAUUUUAAUUUGUCUCGCGAUACUGCUAGCAGACUAUCAUAACAUCCUCUGA